CCCAAAAGACUCAUGCGCAGAAGGUCGUAAAGGGAGGCGAAAGAAAAGUUUUUUUGUAUUUUGCGCAGGCGCAUUGGGUUCCGUUCGCUAUGCGGGUGCUAGUGGGUGGUGGGACGGGCUUCAUUGGGACAGCCCUAACCCGGCUGCUAAAAGCCAAGGGCCACGAGGUGACGCUGAUCUCCCGACAGCCGGGGACCGCUCAGAUCACUUGGGAGGAGCUCUCCAGGUCGGGGCUGCCGAGCUGCGAUGCCGUGAUCAACUUGGCUGGAGAGAACAUCCUCAACCCUCUCCGAAGGUGGAAUGAAGCCUUCCAAAAAGAGGUUCUCAGCAGCCGCCUGGAGACCACCCAAAUGCUGGCAAACGCCAUCACAAAAGCCCCACAACCACCCCAGGCCUGGAUUGUUGUCACAGGUGUAGCUUACUACCAGCCCAGCCUGACUGCAGAGUAUGAUGAAGACAGCCCAGGAGGAGAUUUUGACUUCUUUUCCAACCUUGUGACCAAAUGGGAAGCUGCAGCCAGGCUUCCAGGAGAUUCUACACGACAGGUAGUGGUGCGCUCAGGGAUUGUGCUGGGCCAUGGAGGUGGUGCCAUUGGCCAUAUGCUCCUACCCUUCCGGCUGGGCCUGGGGGGCCCCAUCGGCUCAGGCCGCCAAUUCUUUCCCUGGAUUCACAUCAGGGACAUGGCAGGAAUCCUGAUCCAUGCCCUUGAAGCAAACCAUGUGCAGGGAGUCCUCAAUGGCGUGGCUCCAGCCUCCACCACUACCAAUGCUGAGUUUGCUCAAGCCUUGGGCACUGCCCUGGGCCGCCCAGCCUUCAUCCCUGUCCCCAGCACUGUGGUACAAGCUGUCUUUGGGCGGGAACGUGCCGUCAUGCUGCUGGAGGGCCAGAAAGUGGUCCCCCGGCGAACACUGGCCACUGGGUACCAGUAUUCCUUCCCAGAGCUGGGGGCUGCCUUAAAGGAAGUCGUAGCCUAAAGAAGCUCAUGGCAGGGGCCUAGGCCUGUCCCCUGCCAGAGGCUCCCUGGUUAGGUACUGUGAACAGCCUCAGGUCAGAUCUAUCAGAAACUAUCUGGUUCUUCAGGGUUCCUCUCCCAUUCCUCUUUUCCCCAUUGUUGUGUCAGAUCCCGCACCCCUUAUUUAACUAAGAAAUUCUCCAGUCUCACAGCUGUAUCUCAUCAAGUUGGGAACUUAACCUCUUUGAGUCCCUGUAGGAAAAUUUCUAAGUUUAGUUUCUCUGUAUCACAUUGUUGCCCCAAAUCUUUGUGCUGUGUAGAGUACUCUGCAGCUUUGGCAAUAAAGAUAAAUUAUCUAA